CAUAUGUUUGCUUUUGCCGUCACUGUCAAAAGGUGUCAAAUAUCAGAUUUAUCUUGUUUUGUUAUGACCCAAAUAUUAUAAAACUUAAUAUUUGAUCAUAAAAUCAAAUAUAUCUUGGAAAUUUACAAAAUUAAUACAAAAUGCAGCAGCUAAGGAAGCUAAUUGGAAAUAAUGCAACCAGAGAUCGAAGGAAAUUAUUCAGACAGCCUCAAUUUCAGCACAGACCCAGAUGCUUGGGUACAAAAGAAACUACAGUGGAGAAAGAUAAAACACCUUUUGUAAUUCCUAAAGGUACCUUUGGCCAGCCAACAUGUCACACACACCCGCAUUUAAUUAAAGAAGAACAUUUGACAUGGGGCGUAACACAGGCUGAAUACAAAAAAAGGCGGGAAACUCUUGUUCAAAAAUUAGUUGCGGAAUCUGAAAAUAUGCACAAUACUCAUAUUAUAGUAAUACCAGCAGCUCGCAAACAGUACAUGUCUGACAAAAUUCCAUUUGUGUUCAGACAGAACUCUGACUUCUUCUACCUCACCGGGUGUCUAGAACCCUCAGCAAUACUAGUUUUACUGAAACCACCACAAACAGACCAGUUUAAGAGCGUUCUAUUCGUACAUGACAAGGACGCACACGCAGAGUUGUGGGAGGGGCCGCGGACGGGAUGCGCAUCCGCAGCUAAACUGUUCUGCAUGGACGAAUGUCGACCCGUCGAGAACUUUGGCACGUUUUUAAAUAAACUUACAACGAAUUCAAAGCCUGCAGUGCUGUGGUACCACAACGAGGAUCCCGCCAACCCUGACAUACACACCUCGGUCAGAGGGACCCUCAGAGGAGAUUCCAAUCUCACUCUGUCUGACCCUAAACGCGCCCUACACUUCAUGAGGGUCGUAAAGUCCCCGGCAGAGAUCGAGCUCAUGAAGGAAACCUGUUAUAUUGGCUCGCAGUCUGUUAAUAUGGCUAUGGCGUGUACUAAGCCUGGUAUAUCCGAGCACAUGGUGAACGCAGUGCUGGAGUACUCGUGCAAGCAGGGCGGGGCGGAGCACCUGGCGUUCCCCCCGGUGGUGGCCGGCGGAGCCCGAGCCACGCACAUACACUACGUCGCCAACAACCAGCUGCUCAACGCCGACGAGAUGAUACUUGUUGACUCAGGCAGCCAGCACUGGAUGUACAACUCGGACAUCUCCCGCACGUGGCCGGUGGGGGGCUCCUUCUCCAAGCACCACCGGAUACUCUACGAGCUCGUGCUCACUGUACAGAAACGUCUAAUAGAGUUGCUGGGCGAGCAGCGUCCACCGCUGGACAAGUUGUUCGACAGCAUGUGUCGGCUGCUGGGCAAGCACUUGAAGGAGGAGGGGAUCAUAUCCAAGAAAUUGGAGGGACAAGAACUGUUUUCGCGCGCGUACCGGCUGUGCCCGCACCACGUGUCGCACUACCUGGGGCUGGACGUGCACGACGCGCCGCUCGUGCGCCGGAACGUGCCCGUCUGCACCAACAUGAUCGUCACUGUAGAACCUGGAAUCUACAUCAGACCAGACGACACGACAGUUCCCAAAGAGUUCCGAGGCGUCGGCAUUCGCGUGGAAGACGACGUACUCAUCACUGACAAGGAACCAGUAGUAUUGACGGACGCGUGUGUUAAGGAAGUAGCCGACAUUGAGGCUCUUGUUGGCAAGCACAGCCUCUAACUAUAAAAGGCCUAACCUUAAAAGGCCCGUAAUUUGUGAUCAGUCGGCUUGUUUUCUCCUAUAAAAAGCCUAGGCUGGUGUUUAGGACUAGAUGAUGAUGAUGAUCACCAUUCAAAAUUCAAAAUGGUUGUCUGUAAAUAAGAUUUGGUCAGUGAAUCAUCUUACUCAAUUAAUGUCAGUUAGAGUUGACCUUCGUAAAAUUUAGGAGCAAAAAUUAUUAGUCAUUCCUGUUGUUUAAGAACCAUUAGUUAUUAGAUGUCAGAUGCAAUACGCGUCUAAAGGUAAAACGCAUUUAGACAAUUUUAAUGACUGCGAGUUAAACUUAGUAGAGUCGAAAGCAAAAAAAUGUUCUUCUAGUAAAGCAAAAUAGAAUGGAUUAAUUCUCUCACUCAUUCAUUCACUCAUUUUAUAAUGUUCUUGUAGGAAUCAAUCCGAAUUAUUUUUGACUGAUUGAUCUUUUAGAUUUGAUUGCUUGAAUCUGACAAUAUUAGUGCGGGCGAAGCCAGUUAAUGUGUAUAGCUGUUAAAUGUGGUAAAUUAUUAUAAUAAAUUACAUUUGAAAUUUUAAAUUGCGUCAAAUAACCUUGCAAGAUAGAAAGUCAGUUUUUCAUACAAUAGUUCAUGAAAUUAUAGCGCAAAUGUAACUUUAAAUGUACAAUAAUAAUUUCAUAGUUUUUAGAUACUGGGGAAAUCACCCUUAUUUAUUACAGAGUAAAGUCGCAUUUAAUUGUGAGUUGUGAAAUUUUAAUUUACACAAAGUUGUAUAGACAAGUACCAAACAUGUUCCUUUGUAAACAUAUUGUAAAUAUAAAUAAAAUUGUUGAAUUGUGUAA